CCCGCACGGUCACCGUGGCCCGGCCCAGGCUGGUAUCUGAUUACCUUCUGUCAACAGCAAAGCCGCUUUUCCGGCCUUGAACUACAUUUCCCUUAAGGCUUUGCUGGUCAGCAGUCUGUCCUACACGAACUUGGCUGCCUUUUCUUGUGAUUAUGAGGCUCGCGGGGUGAGUAGUCCCGCUUUGGGAAAAAAAAAUCAGUUAAAGCCUGGUGGGAAGUUUGAAGUAAGAAGUCCGCUUUUGAAGCCCCGAGGGCGCAGUAUCAAACAGGCCAAAUUCAGGCCCAGAGGUACGAGGACACCAUCUUGCGUGGGUCUGGUUUGGCUCUGGACUACGUUUCCCAGAGUCCAAAGCGGCCGACGUUACGUUUUUCCUGACGUCGUGGCACGAUCAUUAGCUCCGCAGGAACCCGGACGCGACCAAGGGGAGGCAGAAGGGAGAACUACGGUACACAUGAAUAUAGUUAUGAAAUCAAGAAGUUUGCAACUACUGGGAGCUGAUGAAGCAAAAACAAAAGCUGUUCAAUGAAAAUACAACUGUUUUUAGAAUAUCCUAAGCUAUUAUUUUAUGUUCAAGGGAAGAUUGCUUAAAAAAAGAAGUUGCUUCUGUAAGUUAAAUGUGAUUCCUUUUUGGAACAAGGAGGACAUCCUGGAUUGAGGGCUGAAAAGAGGUGUGUGCACAGGACUCUGCACUUUUCCAAGAGAAGAAUCUCAAGAAAUCAGAGCAGCUCAGGUAGUUCUGAAAGCCAUGGCACAGGGAUUGGUAACAUUCAGGGAUGUGGCCAUAGAGUUCUCUCAGGAAGAAUGGAAGUGCCUGGAACCUGCCCAGAGAAGUUUGUACAGAGAUGUGACUCUGGAGAACUUCAGUAACUUGGUGUCACUAGGACUUUCUAUUUCUAAGCCUGACGUCAUUUCCUUACUAGAGCAAGGGAGAGAACCCUGGAUGAUUGCAAAUGAUAUGACAGGACCAUGGUGUCCAGAGUUGGAGUCCAGGUGUGAGAAAUUUCCACAAAAAGAUAUUUUUGAAGUAGACUCAUUCAAUUGGGAGAUUAUGAAAAGCCUUAAAUGCUAUGAUUUUGAGGGCUCCAGUUUUGGAGAUGCCUGGGAAUAUAAAGGCCAUUUUGAAAGACAACAAGUAACUCAGGAAAGCUGUUUCAAGCAAGUAAAACUCACACAUGAAAACAUGCCCACUUUGGAGCAUCAUACACCCCUCACUUUACAUCAGAACAAUGAGAGUGGCGAGAAACUGAUUGGAUGUAAUGAGUGUGAGAAAGCAUUUAGCCGUGGCUCACAUCUUGUCCAGCAUCAGAAAACGCAUACUGGUGAAAAACCAUUUGAAUGUAAGGAAUGUGGGAAGGCCUUUAGUCGUGCCUCACACCUCGUUCAACAUCAGAGAAUUCACACAGGUGAGAAACCUUAUGACUGUAAGGAGUGUGGGAAGGCCUUUGGUCGGACUUCAGAACUUAUUCUACAUCAAAGACUUCAUACUGGCAUCAAACCCUAUGAAUGUAAAGAAUGUGGAAAGACCUUUAGACAGCAUUCACAACUUGUUCUGCAUCAGAGAACUCACACAGGUGAGAAACCCUAUGUAUGUAAAGACUGUGGGAAGGCGUUUAUUCGUGGUUCACAACUUACUGUUCAUCGGAGAAUUCACACAGGGGCUAGACCCUAUCAGUGUAAAGAAUGCGGGAAGGCCUUCAGACAGCACUCACAGCUUACUGUCCACCAGAGGAUUCACACCGGGGAGAAACCCUAUGAGUGUAAGGAAUGUGGGAAGGGCUUUAUUCAUAGCUCAGAAGUUACUCGACAUCAAAGAAUUCAUUCUGGGGAGAAACCCUAUGAGUGUAAGGAGUGUGGGAAGGCCUUCAGACAACACGCACAGCUUACACGACAUCAGAGAGUUCAUACUGGUGACAGACCCUAUGAAUGUAAGGACUGUGGGAAGGCCUUUAGUCGUAGUUCAUACCUUGUUCAGCAUCAAAGAAUUCAUACAGGUGACAAGCCCUAUGAAUGUAAGGAAUGUGGGAAAGCCUUUAUCCGUGUGUCACAACUGACUCAUCAUCAGCGAAUUCAUACUUGUGAGAAACCCUACCAGUGUAGGGAAUGUGGCAUGGCCUUUAUUCGUAGCUCACAGCUUACUGAACACCAGAGAAUUCAUCCUGGUAUCAAACCUUAUGAAUGUAGAGAGUGUGGGCAGGCCUUUAUUCUUGGCUCGCAGCUCAUCGAACACUACAGGAUCCAUACUGGUUAGAAAUCCUUGAGUGUUAAGGGUGCAGGGAAGCCUUUACAUGGAUCUCACACCUGAUUCCAUAUUAGAUAAUGUGUAAUGUAAUGUAAUUAAUGUCAGAAAACCCUCGCUUGUCACUUCCGUUAUGGAACAUGGGGUUACUCCUACCAGAAGAAAAUUCAAUAAAUGUGGGAAUUCUUUUUGCCUCACACUCACUGCUUUCUAAGCAUCAGAAAAUUUAUGCUGACAAAAAUAGUAACAUGGCUAUAGAAAACCUUUCUGUUACCACUCAAAAUGUAUUAAACUUCUGAGAAUUCCUAAGAGAAAAUGACCCUAUUAAAAUAUUUUCUGAAUGUGCCUUUUA